AUGGCGACGCCCAACAUAGAUUCAAUUUCAGACACAAAAUUGUACGAGCUGAAAGAGCAGCUUCUGCUGCUGACCACUCUGGUGGCGACGGUGACGUACGUCACCGGGCUCAACCUGCCCGGAGGAGCCUGGCAGAUGCAGCAGGCGGACGGGCACGGCCCACUCGCCGGCGACCCGAUCCUCCGGGACAUCCACUACCGCCGGUACCUCGCUUUCUACUACUGCAACGGCACGGCGCUCGCCUCGUCGGUCGUGGUCUGCCUCAUCCUCGUCAUGCUGCGCAGGGACAGCCCGGCCUGGUCGGUGGUGCUGCGGGUGGUCAUGGUGCUCGACCUUCUUGGGCUCAUGGGUUCCUACGCAGCCGGGACCUGCCAUGACACCUUCGCCACCAUCUGGGUCGUGGCGCUCGCUUUCCCAGUCUUGGCCUACAUCACGUACGCUUUCGUCUGCUACCUCUGUUUGCCCCUCCGCCGCGACAACCACACCCCCAGAAACACAAACACAGGGUACCAAGAGAAGGAGAAGAUCGAGGUGCUAAUGUUGCUGGCCACCUUCGCAGUCACUAUCUCCUACGCCGCCGGGCUGAACCCGCCUGGCGGCUUCUGGACCAGCACCGGGCACAAGGAUGGCCGCCUUCUUCACCUCGCCGGCGACCCCAUCAUGGAAGAUAGCGCGCUCCGGAGGUACCGGGCCUUCUUCGUCUGCAACACGACGGCGUUCGUCGCCUCCUUGCUCAUCAUCCUGCUGCUCCUGGACAAGAACUUGAGCAGGACCAUCUCGGCGAGGUUCGUAGCGGUCUACGGCUUCAUCGGGGUGGCGCUCCUGGGCCUCAUGGGGGCCUAUGCUGCUGGCAGCUGCAGGGAGACUGACAAUACCAUCAAGGUCCUCUCCCUGGCCGCUGGGGUUCCUAUCUGCGUAAUCCUGCAGCUGGCUCUCAACUAUGUCUUCUAUUGGCCAAUCAAGAACAUGUGUGAUAGUUUCACGAGAUGGUUGCAGAACUUGAGUCCCGGAGGUGCGAGCGCACUCGCGGAUCCAGACCUGAAAAACACUCGAUUUUUCGUUAUGGUACUUGCUAGCUUCGCGGUGAGCAUCACCUACCAAGCGGGACUGGAUCCACCAGGCGGCCUCUGGAAAGAUGACCUGAAUGGGCAUAAGAUCGGCCACCCGGUUCUCCGGACCACACAUCCUGCUCGGUACCAGGUCUUCUUCUACAGCAACUCAGCAGCUUUCGUGACAUCUCUGGUGGUGGUGAUGAUGGUCCAGAGCAAGUUCCUGUUGAAGCGCCGUACGUUGGUGGCAGCCAUGGUGCUGGACUUGAUCGGCCUCGUCAUCGCCUAUGCCGCCGGGAGCACCAGGGAUGCAAGCACGUCCAUCUAUGUCGUCGCGGUGGCUUGCCUUGUCCUCUCCUACGUCGUCGUCCAUAUCGCGUUAGGAGGAGAGAAGGAGAAUGUCGCUGCUGAACCUGAGCAGCUGGAUGACAAGCGUCAGGUGCUGCUGCUAAUCGCCAUCUUGGCCGCGGCGCUUACCUACCAAGCCGGCUUGACCCCGCCGGGCGGCUUCUGGCAAAAGGACGACGAGGUUCAUGGCCACCGUGCGGGCUACCCGGUCCUCCUCGACAACUACCCGCGCCGCUACAAGGCCUUCUUCUACUGCAAUGCGGCGAGCUUCAUGGCGUCGGUGGCUCUCAUCCUCCUCCUCGUGAACCGCAAGCUGUACAGGCCGGGAAUACGGUGCUACGCGCUCCACGUGUGCAUGGCGGUCGGCAUGUUCGCACUCAUGGGCGCCUACGCUGCCGGGAGCUCCCGGCAUCUUAAGACCUCCAUCUAUGUGUUGACGCUAGUGAUCGCAGUGUCGGCCUCCAUACCCCUGCAGGUAGCCAUGUUCUGGUACAUCCGCAACUACAGGAGAAACCACCAACAUGAUGAAGGCAGAAUAAGACGACGGCGAACACGCGGGCUAGACAGCCCCGACCAGGAGAAGGACGAGGAGUUGGAGUACCUGAUGCUGCUAGGAGUCCUGGUCGCGAGCGUGACGUACCAGAGCGGCCUGAGACCACCGGGCGGCCUGUGGGAAGAGGGCAACGCCGCCGGCAACCCCAUCCUGCACGACGUCAACAAGCGCCGGUACGACAUCUUCCUGUACAGCAACUCCACUUCGUUCAUGGCGUCCGGGAUGGCGAUCGUCAUGCUGCUCCCGUUCACGCUGAGCAACCUCGAGUGGCGCUUCUUGCCGUCCCAGAGGAGGAACCGCAAGUGGCCGCUCUGGCCGGUCCACACGGCCAUUUUGCUGGACAUGCUCGGCCUCCUGGUGGCCUACGCGGCAGGAAGUACCAGGACGUGGAAGUCGUCCAGGAACGUCAUAUUCAUCCUCCUCCCCGUGCUAGCCUACAUUGCGCUCUACGCAGCAAUAGUGGCGAUAUACAUAUACAUCUGUAACAAAAAUCGCACAUCCUCCCAGUUGCCGACCACGCAGGCAGACCAACAAACAACAAACGCUUAG